CUCGUAUCAUAAAAACAACAGCGGAAUCUGUUGGUUAUGGUCUUCAUCAGCCUAUCGCCUCACAGAUCCCGCUCAGACCGGGUCGGCCGGUUUUGCUAAUCAGACAUCGCCUCUUCACACCCUCUGAGCGUUCAUCGUAGGGCGUAUUGUGGCAAGAGUCAGGAGUGGCUCCUUUCCUGUCUGCCCUCAUGUCCUCCUACAGAGCCGGCGAUUGUUAUCUGAUUUCCGGUGAUUUUCGAUCAUAUGCGCAAUGCUACCUUCCUGCACUGGCUGGAAAAUUCAAACUAAUCCAGGUAGGGUAUUCCGCAUCAGUUGUUGUGAAUAGCGGCCAGUGUAGCGGGUGACAUCACAUCACCUAAGUGCCGAUCCAAGAGCGAGCUCGCUGUUAUAUAAUACAACCAUUGUCAGCACAUCUCUGUAGCAAGUGACUGGCGUGGUUUCAGAAAAUCGGCCCGAAAGUAUCUUACGGAACGCCCAAAUGCGGUGCAAGAUGUAGAACUCGAAACCGGUAGUUUCGGUGGGUGUUGUAACGUUGACUACAACAUCGCUGAACGAAACUAACGGUAUUGUUUACGAAAAUAUUUAGUGUCGCGUAGACAGCGGAGCCGCGAAAAGCAUUGCAAAGCUUGGCCAAGUCUCAUCGAAUGACAUAUAUUCAGCAACAAUAAGGACCAGCAUAGUGCCUAUGGUAGUAUAUUGCGAUGUCACCGAGCGCCCGUGGUGUAAAAGUGAAAACGCAGGACCCAAGCGUGAUUUACGUGACCCUUGCCUAGACUUUACUGUGUCGCCUAAGCUUCAAAAUAGAUAACCAUUUGACACGAUGACAGGUGUCAUUCGCUGCCCGUAGCACGCCUAACAUUCGGUAACAAUUGAAUAACCGGAAUUAAGCGCAGCAUGCGUCCGAUUUCACCAGACCGUAUCAAGAUGCUACUCGGAAGCUCGACCAGUAUCCGGGUCUUCGGUUCUUGGCUAUCUAUAGGUAAAAUUAUCAUGCUAUGCAACAUCCUGCUUGCGUUGUAUAACUUCAUGUGUUUUACCGCUUCACGAGGUCUAUCCGUGCCGUGCAUUGUCGUCCUGAACAAUAGCGGCCUGCACGACGCAGCCGAGAAACAACUUGCCCGAACAACGGAGCCUCGCGAUUCUACAGUGCUCACGAAGAUGAAAAUAGGCGCAUUAGCCAUACAAAGAAUCCCAGCAUAUCGACUUGAGCAUCGCGGUUCGUUCAUCAUACUCGGCGACUACGUCAAGGCGAACGGCGAACAGCCAGAAUUCAAUCAAAGCAUAACGUAUACUACGCAGGCAACGCAUGAGUUUCUGUUCCCGCACGUUGAAGAAUUGUGCAAACGCUGGGAGGGGCCCGUGUCUAUUUCGGUGUAUGCGCCCGGAAGUGACUUGGCUAUUGUCAAUCGCAAGAUCGCUCACCUGCUUAAAUGCGCUCCCUGUGUAGCUAACCAUGUGACCUUUCACGUCGUCUACCAUCGCAGUCAUGUCCCGCCUAACAUACCCACCGAUCCCAAGCAGUACGUACAAUCUCAAGAUGUGAAUUGUACAAAUCUGCAACCUCACGAUACUGGCAAUUACCGCAAGGAUGCAAAUCUUACUUAUCCAAUCAACGUAUUGCGAAAUGCUGCCCGCCUCCGAGCACAAACCAAAUAUGUACUCGCUUCCGACAUUGAACUCUAUCCUUCGGCAAAUAUCAUUUCACGCUUCAUUCAGAUGGUCAGCAACGAUUCAGCUCCGCGUAGUGUCUAUACGUUGCCGAUCUUCGAAAUUGAGAAAGGCUACCCAGUGCCUCGAGAGAAGCGUGAGCUUCAGGAUCUCUACAAGCAAAAACAGGCGAUCUUCUUUCAUCGGUUCGUGUGCGACCAGUGCCAGAACUUUCCAUUACGAGAUCGUUGGAUAAAUACUACUCCGAACAAUGCAUCGAUGUUAUCUGUGUUUGUAACGACGAAACGGCGCAGGGACCGCUCGUCCUGGGAGCCCAUCUAUAUCGGUACCAACGAUGAACCUCUUUACGCAGAAGAGCUCAGCUGGGAGGGCAAACGCGACAAAAUGUCGCAGAUGUUCGAGCUCUGCCUGAUCGACUACGAUUUUAAAGUAUUGAACGACGCGUUCCUGUGUCACGCGCCCGGUAUCAAGAAGCUCAUUAAGGAGGAACUCGCAUGGCGAUCGAAGUUUGUUCGGCAAAACAACGCUAUGUACAAAAGGAUCAUGUCAAGAAUUAAGGCAAAACAUCCGAACGGUGUCAAACCUCACCGAUGUAUAUAAAUGCUUCACAGAUAGAGAUUCGGAACGAAGCCACGCAUACGUAAAAGGAAAUAAUCAGAUAUAUCGUUGUUACGCUAUGACCACGUCAAAAAAUGCCAACCAAAAAAAUCUCGUGCGUCGCAGACGUGUAACGCACUCAUGUACGCACCAGUAAAAAGUUGACGCAAUAUCCUGUUUAGUUCGACAGUAUAUAUAUAGCGUGCCAUCUAAAUCCAGGUUGUUGCUAAUACCGUACUUAAACAGCCACACCUAUUUGAUUGAAAUUUGUAUUAAAAAUGCCAUUCAUGAUGGUCAUUUUUAUAUGUAAACACUACAAAAUUUGGGGUAAAUUUUUGGGGUUUUGCAAAACUCACUCGAAUUUUUCAGAUGUCAUUUGAAGACUGGCAACAACGUAAAGUGUCGAUUCCGGGCUUUAAAAAGGGUCUUCUUUAAUUCAUAUGAGAACUUGUCUAGCACGAACAAUAGCUAAUCUUCCCUUAAAUUGCAUUAAAGUACAACUUUUGUGCUUCAGGUGGCCUUGUAGAGAGAUCUAACUUUAUUCUAUCAGCAGAUGAACGUACGCCUACUACGAAAAACAGUCUACUCAAGUUUGCCCGAGAAUACCGAUACAUUAGAAUCAUGCACUCUAUGUAUAUAUAGUGGUUUAUAGAUUACAUUGCAUGUGUGUUAUAAAGGCGGAGCAAAACGGGAAUAUCAGCGAAAGUGGUAGAGGGUCUUGUUCUCUGCGUCGUAACUUGUAUGAUAACUAAACAAAAAUCCUAACGGGGAAUAAGUUAUACGGUGAUUCUCAACGUAUAUGAUAUUUGAAGAUAAUCUACCUGCCAGUGCUGUCUGCAGAUGUAAACAAUUGCGGAGUAGUUCCCGCCUUCUUACUUUUUGUAUGUUAUAUUGCUAUAGUAGUCGAAAUACAAUUGACGAACCGACAAGAUGCCGGCAGAGAAUGCAUCUACGCUUGUUCUGGAACUGAUUUUCGAGGACCCCACGGUGUCUGCGCAGAGACAAAGAGACACCAGUAAAAUGUACCAAAAAACAAACACAGACUCUUUCUAUGUGAAAAGCAACAAUCUCCCGUUGAUAGACGUCCAUCGAUGUUGAAGGACAUUAACAAUAAUCAUUUUCGCCACCAACUAACGGACAACAAAAUGAGUCAGAGACCAAGGUGUAAAUAGAGCACUGAUGUAGAACGUAACCUCACAAACAAAAUCAAAAAGAAAGGAAAGACAAUAUGAAGAUUCUUUAA